AUAUGCCAACUGAUAGGCCCAAAUCACCGGUUCAAUAUCCGGUCCACCAUAAACCGUAACCUAUCCUCUGGUUCUCCUUCCGUUCCCCUCCGGCAGCUCGACGGCGAAGAAUGGGGUUUCAGAUGCUGAGAAACCCUCUUUGCAGCUAUUGCGCUUUCAGCUCCAGAAAUAGCUUCAAUUUCCUCUCCAAAUCACAAUCCCUUCCUCAGUUCUCCGCGAAAUGGACGGGAACAAAGGCUCAAAUGCAUCAGGGCUUUGCUUCUGCAACCUCCGCCAAGGGCCCGAAGAAGAAAAGGAGACUAGAUGAAAUUUGCCUCGAGAGAUAUCAACAGUAUAGCCGAACAUUUAUACAAUCCUGGAUUCUACAAGGCAAAGUGCUUGUGGAUGGAAAAAUUGUGACCAAAGCGGGAACCCCUAUCCCCGAAAAGGCUACCGUGGAGAUCAUAGCUGAAGUUCCAAAAUAUGUAUGUAGAGGUGGACACAAGUUGGAGGCUGCAAUUGAGCAACUGGGAGUCGAUGUUGUUGGUAAGGUAGCUCUAGACUCGGGCUUGUCAACUGGAGGAUUUACGGAUUGUUUACUUCAGCACGGUGCUGCUUUUGUUUAUGGAGUUGAUGUAGGGUACGGACAGGUUGCUGACAAAAUCCGUCGAGAUGAACGUGUAAGUGUUAUAGAGAGGACAAACUUGAGAUACCUUUCUGAACUCCCGCAAAAGGUUGAUUUGGUGACUUUGGACCUGUCCUUUAUUUCAAUACUUCUGGUCAUGCCCGCUGUGGUAAAUUUGAUGAAGGAAGAAGCUACACUUGUUACGUUGAUUAAACCUCAGUUUGAGGCUCGGAGAUCCCAAGUUGGGGGCGGUGGAAUAGUGAGGGAUCCAUUGGUCCAUCUAGAGGUAAUUGAGAAGAUCAUAAAUGGCGUGCAAACUUAUGGCUUCCAAUGCAAAGGCUGGAUUGAAUCUCCACUGAAAGGGGCUGAAGGAAAUACAGAAUUUCUGGCAUGCUUCCACCGAGCAGCCGUGAAAAAUGGAGGCCAAUCAGGGGAAGAGUAACUCGAUUUAAAGAUUACAGAGGACUUGCUCAGCAGCAUCCUUUUGUAUCCCAGUUCUGGUAGGAUAGAAUACAGUUAGCAUACUGUUUCAACCAACUGCAGAUCGAGAUUCAUAGUGCCUUUUUCGGUUUUAUCAUUACUUUUUAAUGUUUGUAAAAUCUUGUAUUUUACAGAAAAAACAAGUCUGGGUCUUCAAUAUUGAGAUUAGAGUGUGAUUUUCAAUA